AUGUUUGAACAUUGUUUCAGCCCUAGUACAACUCCUGAUGAAGGCAGCCUGAAAGAUUUCAACUCUGAUGGAGACCUGGUUCAAAAAGAAAACCCUGUGAGGAGUAAGUAUGAGGUGUAUGAAAUUCUGUGUCAGCUGUUUCUCAUGCUAAGACAUACUCAGUUGAUGUUUUGACAACUUUUUGCCUUCAACUGUCUGUCUUCAGGUACUGCACCUCCCCCACAUGAAAGCUAUGAGUAUCCCAACCUGCCUAUCACAAAAAACAGACAGGAGGUAACCUGUACAAUCUAUCCACCGCAUACAAUCAUGUUGUCCCCCUGAAGUUCUCUGUCUUCAAGUUUUGUUGGUUUCUGGAACUUUCAUCAUGUCCUCAGGACAGAUAUGCACUUAAGCCCUUAGGUUUUGUCUAGGAUGAGUUCUCUAAUGUUGUAGAACAAAGGCUGACUUUAAAGUCGGUGAUCUUUUUGUGGCUUGAUAAAGUGGAGUGUGUGCCAGGGUUAUCUUUUUUAGAUAAGUCAUUUAUAAUGCAGAUUCUUAAGUGUCGACUUGAGACAACAAUUCAGCUUUAUACCUCUGUUAAGUAAACCGUUUCAUUAACUAUUCUUGUAUUUCCUUUUUAUUUCAGUAAUAUGAAACAAUUGACCAAAUGGGGUUUCAACAGUACGUGUGUAUCUGCCUGUUUCUGUUUUCUGUGUCUUUGUGUUGGUGUUCCUGCCUCCAGCUGGUUUCUCUGGUGGAGAACAACUCCGUAGUGAUCGUCAAAGGGGCCACAGGCAGUGGCAAAACCACUCAGCUGCCACAGUACAUUUUGGACCAUUACAAUGAGAAGAAUGCCCCAUGCAACAUCGUGGUCACCCAACCACACAAAAUCGGGGCAAGAAAUGUUGCACAAUGGAUCGCCAAACAGCGAAAGUGUACCUUAGGCAGUCUGGUGGGAUAUCAGGUAAGUGCAACACUUAGAGGCAAGAGGAUUUAAUGAAGGUGUUUCUUUAGAGAUAUAAAAUAAUCAUGAGUGUUAAUUUGACACUGUUUGCUCUCUUACAUAUCUUAUCAUAACAUCUUUCACAUGUUAUCAGAAGUGUUUGUUUGCUUAUUUUCUUCCAGGAUUUCAGGCUAUGUUAUACAGCAGGGGUGGGCAAUUAAUUUUUACAUGAGAAACCUGAACUGUGUCGGAGGGCCGAACCAACAAUAACUUAAACUUCAAAUCGGGGGAUUCACACAUACAGCGAAGCAAACCCAAAUAAGCAACUACUAGUUAAAAACAAGCCCAAAAAAAGCACACUCCGGACUCACGAGUUUUACAAGUGACUUCUUAGAGAAGCAAGCCUGAAGUUGUUUAUAAUAAGCGGACUUGGCAACUAUAAGGCGUCUACGAAUAUUUUGCCAAUGUUUAAACUUGUCUCUGUUCACGAAUGCAGAUCUAGGAUGUACGCACAUGCAUCCAGACGGAAAUAAAACAACGGCUAGGUUUUCAAAAUAAAAGUAAUGCACUUGGAUAGCAUGUUGAUGAUUUGAUUGAUGGACCUCACGGGCAGGGACAUCCAACGGGCCGAAUGUGGCCCUCGGGCUGUAAAAUGCCCAGGUCUGUUUUACAGAGUUUUCAAACAGCUUGUCUAGAAAUGAUCGAUUUCUCUUCUGCUUGGUGCAGCUCUCUGGAGUUAAGAAGGAUCUCACUGAUUGUGAGAGCAGAGAUAAACAGAUACUGUUUUAAGAGAUCAUGUUACUGCUGUUACUGUUGAAAGAAUUUAUAAGAACUUUGCUCCUUUCUAUUUGGCUGCUCGUUUUUCCCUUUUUGCCUUGUUUUCAUCAUCUUAUCUGUACUUAAGAUAAUGUGUUUUAACUAAACCAAUCAUCUCGCUCUCUAGGUUCUCUUUUACCCACUCACAUACACACACCUCGCCUCUCUUACUGCACACAGCCGCUUGCCCUGAACCGCCUCUGAGUGUUUCUGUCUUUCUGUACGCCUCUGCACUGUUGACUGUCUUUUCAGCAGUAUUUUUUUGUAUCAAGUCACCCAAAAACAAAUUUCAAUGUUUUCACAUCAGCAGGUGAGUUACUAGAACUAUUUGGCAUAGUAAACUUGUUAAUCAGCAGUGACCAACUGAACCCAAAAAAUGACAGCAUAAGCAUUCACUCAAAACUUUCAGUUUCUUGGAAUACAAUGAAAAUCAAAACAACUUUGGUGUAGUGCUGCACUGAGUAAGCCUGGGCGAUUUGGCAAAAACAAUGAUCAUGACAUAUUUUGUCAUAUCGUCUGAUCUCGAUUAUUAUCACAAUUUUUUUAACAGUUUAUUUUAAAGCAUCUGUACUAAAAACUUAAGAAACUAGAGAUUAGUUCAACAUUUUAUUAACAUACAAAGUAAAUAACAAAGCAAAUUGAAUAAGAUGCACUCAGAAAAAUAUAAAAAAAACAUUUUAACUCAACAGUACAACAAAUGUAGAUAAGUAGUAGAUAAUACAGUGAAUUAGUUUACAGUCCUGUGUGUUUUUGCAGGUAUGCAAGACACAAAAUAAACGAAUCGCCCCCUUAGGGACAAUGAAGACGCCUUAAAAUGUAAACAUUAGAUGAUGUAAACGUAAAUAAUACGAUUAAUCACUGCCUACUUCUGGUGGCUGCACCGCUAGUUGUGGCUAAACUGCUAAUGCUACUCUUACUGUCAGCAGUGGCAGGCUUUACAGACUCCGCUCGCAUUUUCAUGCUCUCCGCAUCAUCGUUUGGGAGGUACUUCUUCAAACGAUUAAACAGAUUUGUUUUGUAGCCAGUUUUUUGAGGGCACCGAUCGCCGACAUACCUUGCUCAUCGGCUUAAUUACCCGACGUCACUUAGGAGAUACCCGAACCACUGCCACGACCAAUAACUUCUCAACAAUAACAUCUUCGGAGAAUGACUCAAAGUCACGGCUGACAACUAUCUUGCUGCCCUCAGCUCCGCGUUUCGCUCCAUGUUCGGUCAUUCUGUUUACUUCUCUCGACUCUGAUUGGCUGUUGUGACGCACAUUUCCUCUAUGUUUGACGGAGUAAAUAUGCUCUCAGCUGAUUGAACUGAAAUUUAUCACGAUCAUCGAUCACGAUCAUAUCAUCACCCAGUCAUAGCACUGAGCUAAUGCACGUAGAUGAAACGAUUUUCAUUCUGGGAUCUCUUGGUAGAGUAAAACAACAACAAAUAGGUGUAUUCCAGGUCCAUUUUUAGACUCGCACUGCAGAGUUAUGACCUCAUUUCAACUGCUUCAAAAAGUAUUAAAACCAACAAGUUCACAGUACGAGCAGAACAAGGGAAAAGUCCUCCUUUGGAGCAUAAUAAAAAAAGAAAGCAUUCUGUUCUCAUGAACACAUCUUUGUAUUUUUGUGUUGCAGAUUGCAUUGGAGAAGAUCGCCAGCGAGCAUACCAGACUCAUUUACAUGACUACAGGAGUACUUCUGCAGAAACUGGUUUCAGCCAAGUGCCUCACAAUGUUCACCCACAUAUUUGUGGAUGAGGUGCAUUAACAGUGCAGAUUAUGUUAUUAAUGUACAUGUCUCUGUGAACUAAUACUCGUAAAUUGUUUUUGCUGUGUCAGGUAAUAGUAACAGCGCAGUUCUAUUCAGAUCACCUUGUUUAUCAUUUUGUGCAGGUGCAGUUGUUCAUUGAAAUGUUUGACCCCCACACACACACACACACACAUACAUCUUUUUUUAGAUUUUGUUGCAGUUUAAUUAGUAUUUGGUGGCUGAGGAAAGGAUAGCUGCUCAGUUUUUGUGUCAUUUCACCCAGUCAGUGAUUCUUGACUUCUCUACUUUUUCCCAGGUCCAUGAGCACACUGAGGAGAUGGACUUACUCCUGCUGGUUUUGAGAAAACUUCUUGAUUUCAACUCUCGUUUCGUUAAGGUGAUUUAGAGAUAGAUCAACUUCCCCUCUUUUGUCCUUCUCCUGCGUCUAUUGAACUUUUCUUUGUUGAAAUUUUUUUUCAGAUCAUCCUCAUGUCAGCCACCGUUGACUGCAGAGAUUUUGCAGAGUACUUUGGCUCCCCGAUAAGGGGCUGGAUAAUGCCUGCCGCAGUGUUUGAAGUGGAAGGGGUGCCUUACACCAUAGAGGAGUUUUAUUUGGAAGACCUCUACAAAAUGUUUCCACACAGAGUUAAAGAGGAUGCUAUCACAGAUAAACAGGUAUAUCAAUUCAACAUCAGAACGUGCUUAUCAGAAACUCUGUAUUCCAGAAUGAUGGCUCUUGAGCUGUGGUGUGAAAAGAGUGUUGUUUUUUUCCUCCACUGGUCUUGCAAAUUGAUAUUUUGCUGUCUGUUUCUGACAUUUUUAAUCAUUUGAGUUAACAUGCUCCUUUCAAAAAUAGUUCACAUGUUGAAGCUCAUUUUUGGUGUGCAUAAUCUGUCAUUGCAGGUGUAAAAUUAAUGCAUCACUUUGUCAGCCGUACAUAUCAGUGGAAACUUAUAUAUUUGCCCCACCUUGAUUUAACGUAUAACUUUUUAAAGCUUUUAUCUGCCAGUACCAGUAUUAUGCUGACAGUAUAGCACAUCUCAAACUGUCCAUCUGUAAGUACCCGAUGCCCAUAUGUCCAGUUGUAAGUACCUGCAUUCUGUGUUAUGUGUAUGUUUCUGUUAGGCGGUGCAACAUCAUCCAGGAGAUCUUUCCAUUUCAGUUGAGAUGUACAAUCUUGCUGUCAGACUCGUUCAGAGUCUCGAUGAGAUGGAGGGCAAAGAUUUCCGGUGAGCCUCCUUUCUUUAUCUAUAACAACAGGUGGGCAGAUACAGAUGAAUACAUUUGUGUAUUUUUGCUUGAGUAGAACAGCAGAGCAAGGAGGCAGCAUGACUUCCUCUGAGCGAGGCAGUGUGCUUAUUUUUCUACCUGGUUUGGCUGAAAUAAGCUCCAUGCAGGAAGCCUUGGCCACGCUGGUUCACAGAAGGUGAGAUUUUGAUUGACCUCUUUGUUGCUGUUGGAGUUUUUUCUAUUUUUGGCUGUUUGCUGUGCCUCAUUUCUAGAUACAUCCAUGUUUUUAUCAAUAAUAUUGAUUGACAUCAACAACUCUAAAAGUCACUGCACUUCUCAUUCUGCCCUUUUUUGAAAUGUUUGCUUACAUUAUGAGACAUUUUCUGUUGUUCAGGUUGCUGGUUUAUCGUCUCCACUCCACUGUUCCCCCUGAGGAGCAGAAUGGUGUGUUUCUGCCACCUGUCCCAGGAUACAGGAAGGUAAAACCAUGUACCUUGUUCUUCUUGGCAUUUGUUCCUUCUGUGUGCUUCACUUAUAAUGUUUUCAUCUUAACAGGUCAUCCUGUCCACCAACAUCGCUGAGAGUACAGUGACGGUUCCAGAUGUCAAAUAUGGUGUGAUGUUUUUCCUUUCCUCAGUUGGGCUCCAAGUGUUUCAUUGAUAAACUUAUAAUAUUGAAGGUUACAGAAUCUUUGCUCAUGUUGGUGUAUUCUUUAGUCGUUGACUUCUGCCUGGUCCGUCAAAUGGUCUGUGACCCAGACACCAACUAUCAAUCUCUGCGUCUCACUUGGGCAUCCAAAACCAACUGCAACCAGCGUAAAGGUACAAUACUUCCUGCACUGACAUCAACUUUAGAAAUGUCAGGUUACCUUAAUACACUCUCUGUCAGGCAGGGCAGGUCGAGUGUCUAAGGGCUACUGUUACCGUCUUGUCACCAAAGAGUUCUGGAGGAAGGAAAUCCCAGAGUACAUGAUCCCGCAGAUGCUGGUAAGGAAAUCAACACAAGUCCUGAUCUUUUUAGAAGCUGCUUUGACCCUUAUUUGACAUUCAGUCAUACUGUUUACUUUUCUUCCAAGCUCGCCCCGCUGGCCACCGUCGUGUUAAAGGUGAAGCUGCUGGACAUGGGAGAUCCCCGCUGCCUCCUCUCCACAGCCCUCUCUCCCCCUAGCCUGGGUAACGUAGAGAAGACGGUGCUUCAGCUUAUAGAGGUGAGCAAGAAAAUGCAGAUCGAGUGAGCCAUUGAUUGUCUAGACUGACAGUCAAAAGUGUCUGGUUGUAUUUGUGCGUGUGGCUGACUACACAGCUCUGUCACUAAGUGUUAACCCAGGAGAGCUCUCUUAAAGGAGCUUUAUGUCAGCCAGCGUUAACAUCAACCAGACUGGUAUGAGGAGCAGUGCUGUGUCAUUGUGUAUUUUUCUGGGGAACAAGUGUAUGAUAUUUCUGUUUUUUACUCUUCUUAACAGAAUGUUGUAUAUACCUUUUGAUUUUAUACUGUACUCUUUAAAAGUGCGUUUCAAGUGUGCUCUAGAGCACAAAUGUAGAACAAUUUCCUGGUUGAGCUUGUUGUACAGAGAGACACACAAAGGCAGUCCUUUUUUUGACAGAGGUGACUGUUGAUUACCUUUUAAUGUUCCUAAAUCUAUUCUCAUGCAAAGUGUUUUGGAGCUGAGGAGCCCCACAAGUUUAAACACGGAUAGCACCUCUAUUAAACCCUUGGCUUACUGGCAACCAGCAGACUUGGCGGGGUUUGCAGAUGAGUCGUGACAAUCAGGAAAUUGCUGUAAUGACAAUAGAUGGAUGUUUCUUCCGUAGAUGGGUGCACUGUCUGCCAGAAGUGAUGAAAAGGGCCACAUUGAGGAUGGCAAUCUGACGUUCCUUGGCCGGGUGCAGGCCCACUUACCUGUGGAUCUGUACCUGGGGAAGCUGAUUGUCCUGGGCCAUGCUUUUGGAUGCCUUGAUGAGUGCCUCAUCAUAGGUCAGUUUGUCACUACACCUAAGUUUUUAGGGCCCCUAGCUUAUGUGCACUGGUGGCACUCAUUGUUUAUGUGUUAAUGUGCAUGUAAUACUGUAUAAUUAUUAUUAUUAUUAUUGAAUAUCCCUUCGGGGAUUAAUAAAGUUAUUCUUAUUCUUAUUCUUAUUCUUAUUCGUAAAUCCUCAAAUAAAGGUGCUCCAUCUGUGACCGGGAGCCUAAUAACAACAUUGAGGACACGUUUUCAAAGAAACAAAAACAUACACCUAACAGGAAUGUCUGCUACAGCACAGUCUGUUUGUGGGGGUCGAUCCACAGACAGACCCAGUCUGAUUUUACUCCUGACAUUUAUAAAAAUGAAAAUAGCAAUGUCAACAUUAGAUCAAUAGAUUUAUUAAUGAGUGUAUUAUCCCUGGGUCAUCCAGAGCGAAAAUUACUGGUGUGGGGCUGCGAUGAAUAUAGUGGUUAAAAAUGCCACUCCAGAGGUUUAUUAAACCCUUUGUGGUUUGUGAAUGAAAGUGCCUUUUUGGCUAGUUUUAGCAAAUAGGGCUCUGAUUUUGUACUGAAUACUAAAAAGUUAUUGUUCUCAGAGACAGUGAGAAUUUGAUGUAAAUGGCUGCCACUUACACUGUCCUGCUACACACAAAGGCCUGGUACCGCAGAGAGUUAAAAAAAAUGUAAAACCAGGCUCUUUUUUGAGGAUCACAGCGUGUUUUUGUGAGCUGUUUGAACAAAUAAUAAUAAAACUUUCUCUUAUGCUCAGCUGCCUCUCACUCUGUGAGGAGUUUCUUUGUCACCUCGUUCAUGCAACAGCUUGCUGGAAACAGGUGAGUCACAUCCAGCAGCUACAAUCAUUUGCUGACUAACAGGCUGUCAGUGUAGAUCGAUUUUGUUUCCCUCUGAAGUGACACAACAUAUUUAGGGCAUUUCUAUGAUCAAGUAAUUCAAUGUUGUCAAGACCUUCACUUUUUACCACUGACUCACUUUUACAUAAAACCUCUUGAGGUUAGUGAAAUGCCAAAAAAUGGAAAACAGAGGCUCAGUCUGGACUGGCUCCAAAAAAUCCCUUCAAAAUGAUUACACACUGUUAAUUAAAAUACUUUUGAAGCAUAACUUGAUAUUCAUGUGCUCUUUCUUCUCGAAAUCUAGAGUCCCUUAUUCAAUAUUUUUGAGUAUAUAUUGGCAAACGGCAUAUUUUAGUUUUCAGGUGGUACCCACGCAGAUGCCCACACAGCCCAGUUUGCAAACCAGGAGGUCUUUUGAUCCACCUACUGUAGAGCAAAUGCAAAUUUUCUCUUGUAACGUUUUUUUUGUUUGUUUGUUUGUUGGUUUGUUUUGUUUUGGUGUAGUAAGUAAUUUUCUGUGUUCCAGGAGCAAGUUGGCCUUUGCCCGUGGCACAUCAAGUGACUCCUUACUUUGUCUCAACGCCUUCAGGGUAAUGUGUGUAGUGCCAAGCUGGCAGAUCCUUUUCUUGUUACAUGUAUUUACAUAUUUGCCUGAAUUCCUUCUUCUUUAUUGUCUCUUUUCUUUUAGGCAUGGCAAUCUGCAAAAAAGGAAGGAAAGUUUAGACACCCCAAGGUGAACAAAAUCACAACCAAACACAAACAUGAAGAAUAUAAGUUGAGUGUUGUUCUACCAGGUCAAAAACAUAUCUAGUCUGCUGUUUGUAAGUACAGAGCUGAGUCUUGACAUGCUUCAGUAUUCAUCUUAAAUGAUCUUAAACAAGGCUGGCAUUGAAAGAAGUAUAGUUUUACCAAUCUUUUGUGAAUAAAUUAAGCAUUUUAAAACAGGCUUUGUCUCAAAGCUGAAGCUGACAGAGUGGUUGGAGAAGAAAAGUACUUGGUUCGUUUUUUCAUUCCUAGUUAGUUUAUUCAGUUUGUCUGAUCUAAGAAACGGGUUCUUGCAAAUGGCUUUGCUCCUAAGUGCACACUCUUAUCUUCAUUAUUUUGGUUGCUUUCUCCUUAGGAUCAGAUGGACUGGGGAAAGGAGAACUUCAUUCACAUCAAGAGGAUCAGAGAGGUACUGAGAUGAAGCAAUGAGCUGGAUCACAUGACCUCAUCCAGCCCUAUUAAAGGCAUCAGUCUGGUGAACAGCAGGUUUUAAUCCUGCAGUUUGUAGUUUUUCUCACAAAGAAAGGAACGUUUUUUUGUAUUCAGGGCCUUUCCUGAAGUUUUGCACUCAGACUUUCAAUCUUAAGUCUGUAUAAGACUGCAAACUUUCAGUAAAAAAUGUCAUUUUUAGUUUUCUGUAUUUUUUGAGCCUUUGACAGAUUUGAGCUCAUUGAUCGUUAAACUUCUGAGUAUUUAUCAUUCAGUGGUAAGCAUGUCAAAUUGAUAAUUCCAAAUGCUGUGAUUUUUUUUCAAUUGAGGUUCAUCUCCUCUCUGCAUUAACUCACUGUCCAGGUUGAAGAGCUGUAUGAGGAACUGAAGAAGCGAGUGUCUCAGUUCAACAUGCAUGUGCAGGAAAACACACAGCCCUUGGAUUACACCAGCACACACCGACUGAAGUUCAUUCUCCAGGUUAGUCAGCUGUGCAUGUCCUGAAACGUACAUUAUAUGCACAUCUGCACAUGCACAGUAUAUAUCUUCUGAAGAAAACAUCAAAUGCUCUAGGUUUUACUCUGUCCUGUCAUAGGUGGUUAUGGCAGGUGCCCUGUAUCCCAACUACUUUGUCCAGGGAGAGAUUGAUGAUCGACUGGCCUCCAGAGAUAUGUGCGGCUCGAACGCCAGAACAACAGUGAUGGUACAACCCACAGUGUUUGGAGCAAAGCUUUUUUACUGCUUUUAUCCCCACCUCUCUGUUGUGUAAUAACUAUCAGAAGCUUUAUGGGCUGUCUCGAUGGCUUAAGCAUUUCUGACUUGUUUGGUUAAAAGUGUUGAAAUAACUCAAGACCACAUGCUUUGGUUUCAGUUGAGAAAACUCCCUCCGUACAGUUUCCUGUAUUACAAGCAGCUGCAGUCUCUGUUCCGCCAGUGUGGACAGGUCAAAACCAUUUCCUUUGAGUGCUCCAGGUAAAGAGGGUCAUCGGAGCAAGUUAGGCAUUUCUUUUAGUCAUCAAACAUUAAAAUGUGCAUACUCAUAAUUGACUAUGUUUGUUUUCUCAGAGCAUAUGUGGAGUUCCAGAGGACAUCCCGGGACUCAGGGGUGCUACCGGAGGUGUCCCUUGCCCUCCUUAUGGGGAUGCAGAGACCUGGCAUGGAGCUGCGCAUCCACCCCAUCGAGCAAAUAGAAACUUUUGCUAGGAGCUGCGACAAUACAGACUUGAAAUGUGCAUGGUACAGUCCUCUACACACAUCACAAAAAGUUCAGUUCAUUUGACUCAUGUACAGGAUCAUCAAGGCAGGAAAAAUGCAAUUUUUCUCAAUGAUUUUAGGAAUGAAAAGACUGAAAGUGAACUUGUCCAUUAUGUCGGAGCCCUGUUGUCUGUGUGCUGUUGCUAUGCAGGGUGAAGGUUGACGUGCAGAGCCAAACCGCCUCUCUGGUGAACAGUAUCCUCCUCCCAGAAAAGCUGCCCCCUCACCCCGUCUUUCCUGUCAACGUCACAGAGGUUAGUCCUGUACAGUUGUCUUGGUCUUACAGUGCUAAAUUGCUUCUUUUUUGCCCAAAUAUCUGAUUCUGUCAGCGAUGAAUCCAGUCCUCAUUCUGAGCUCUGCUGUAGGUGUUUGAGGUGGGAAAAUUCUGGGGCUUCAUGGCAGAUGAAGCGAGCUUGCAGAAGCAGCGCAGUCUGACAGGAGAGAUAAACAGGCGUACGCUGCAUCCUGUAACGGUGUCUCUCUACCCAAACCUGCUGUGCCUGGCUCAUUACUCUGAAGAUGAAUCGCUGGGCUCGUACUACCGGGCCAAGAUCCUGCACAUUGGUGGAAACAAAGUGGAGGUAAACCACGCAAACAAACUGCAAGUCUCUGAUAAAGAUUAAGUGAACCCAGUUCUGUUACUUUUUUCCACAAUUCUCUCUGCAUGUUUCUUUUUCUUUGUACAUUUAUUGUAGUAGCAACUUAUAAUAGCUAAAUAAUAAAUCUUAUUCAACUUCUUUUUCAAAGACUUAUUUUUUAAGUUUUAUUUAUUUUAUUUCAAAGGGUAGAAUUGAACCCUCGCCGCCUGCAUGUGUGGGGCACUUAGACCACUAGACUUUUUGCGUGCAAUUGUUUGUUAGUGUGGUUAAUUUGUUAGGGAAUGUUUCCUAUUUUGAUUUCAGACUUAUAAAAUGUUGACAUGGUGUUAUAGCUGGUAUAACAGACUGACCUCAGAUUAAGAUAAUUGAGCUUAACUCCUACACAACAUUAGCAAAAGUUAAAGUAAUCCAAAAGAACCAAGCAAGGGAAAGCUCUACAAAAGACACAAGUAAAAACAAUCAUUGAGCAACACCCACGACACACAAUCUGAUGUAAUUGAGAAUUUGCCCUCAUUGUUGAACAUUACAAGCUGCUGCUUUGCCACUUAAAGCGUAUUGGGAUACCUUGCAAUGCAGACAAGCAUGCUAGUGCCACUUUACAGCAGCAUUUCUUCCUCAUUUGGUCAUAAUCAUGCAUUUAAGAAAACGGUGUUAUACUGUUGAGAAGAUAAAACAUCUGUUUUGUGCUGGUUUGCUUGAAAACACACCUUCACUUAUCUCAAGUGAGUGUUGGAGGUGUAAAGUGCAUCUCAAGGCCAAUAGGUUGUUGUGACCUGUACCUCACAUCUAUCAAAGUUACAGUUUUGAGUUUAGGGAUGUCGCUUCAUGCUUAGGAUAUGUUGUCUUCUUUCAGGUGUUCUUCUUGGACUUUGGCGACACGGAAGUUGUUGACCUCAGCAGCCUCAGGGAAAUCCCCUCUGACCUCCUGAACCACCCAUUUCAGGUAGUAAACACUUUGAGUGACUCUUGUUGUACAUCAUGCACACGUAUCUUCUCAAAUGUUCAAGCUGUAACAGAUCAACACUCUGCUCAUGGUCUUAGGCCCAGGAGUUCAAGGUUGCUGAAAUGCGCCCCUCAGCCCAGUCCAUCAUCCUGGGAAACCAGUGGAGCAGCAGCGCCCGCAGCCGUUUCUACUCGCUGGUGUCGGGCCAAACACUCUUGGUGAAGCUGUACUCCAUACUCCAUGAUGUCAUGCACGUGCAGCUGCUCAUCAACACAGAAACAACAGACACCACUGUGCUGGACAUCAUGGUGGAAGAGGGGCAUGCUGUGAAAGCCGAAGAGAGCUUUGAUUCCGAGGUGAUACAGCAGACCUGCUCGGGUUUACUACGCAACGAUAAUAUCAAAGACCAUACUUGAAUUACUCACUUCAGCUGUGUUUUAUGGUGAACAAAUAUGAUGUUUUGUAUGUUGCACUCAGAUUUUCAUGUGGUGUGUGUCCAUUAUGUUGCCCGCACAAUGACCCAGCUAAAUGAAUGUACACUACUGGUAAUGUCCAGCAGAUGGCGUGGUGAGGCGGGGAAGUUACCUGCAUUGCUUGGUCUGAUUGCAAUCGGGGCAUGAAUCUUACAGAUGUUUGAGCAUUUUGGGGUCCAAACAGACUCUUAACUGUUUUCUACAUAAACCUUCGAUUAAAAAAAAUAUAUAUAUAUAUUUUACUGUCCUACAAAUCCAUACCAGUGCUGUAUGCACAUUUUAGAUAAUGUCUUUUUUAUUGCAUGCCCUUGCAGAUGGACCAUGAGAGGCUGAUGAAUGUGUACAGCCAAAUGGAACGAGGGACUUAUACCCCCAAUUAUGCCGGCAGCUCCUGGAUGGAACGCAUGAAGAAGGAGCAGGAACUUAUUGACCGUCUGCUUGAUCACUUUUCCGAGAGUCCCCGUGCCUGUUUUGGACCAAAGGCAAGAUACCCUUCAGUUCACGAAACAGUUUUGUAUUUUAUUCACACUGAAAUCCUAACAAGUUUUUAAAAAAUUCCCAGGGAGAAAACACUUAAAGGGAAUCUGUUUCAGGAGUGUUUUUAAAAAGGAACAGACUUAUGAGUAUCUGAGUUGGUAUCAGGUGGAUAGUGUCAUCAAGUUUGCACUCUUUGUUGCUCUGAGUUUGCCCAGGAGAGGGUGCUAUUUCAGUAGCUCACUUCAUGUGGUUUUUUGUUCAUUUAAAGACACACCCAUUCUGUCUGACUAGCACAACAAUGACGACAGGGUGAAUUAAGCUGACUGACGCACACAAAGACGUCAUGUAUCUGACUACAGCCUUCUUUAUAACACAACAGCUUCAUCUGCAUGGACCCAGCAGUCCAAAUAAAAUCUUCUUCCACUGCUUGGGCAAGACGACUCUCCACGGGUAA